AUGUCAACACAUCUUUAUCAGAAUUCAGCAUGGAAGAACUCUAUCAAGAGUUCUCUCGAAGAAUGCAAACCAAACAAGAACAAAGAUCGAAUGGAGUACCAAUACCGAUUCAAACGUGACCUGCAACGAUAUAAUAGUAAAGAAUGGCUUACUCCAGAAAGAAUCAAUAAAUCUCUCUAUAACGAACUCCAAAAAAGAAAAGUUGGGGCCAACGAAGUCAUUAACGAAAUUUAUAAACUUACAGAAACUACCAGACAGCAAACCAAAGCAGCCAUUGAAAUUUACGAACAACUCACUCACGUACUCGAAAUCAUCGAAGGAGGACAAGACCCCAGACCACUCCUUAACAGAGCUCAAACACAGAGCCAUCGUUUGGCAAUCUUUGGUCUCUUACAGGGAAAACUCUAG